AUGGGUUGUUUUAUCGUCAACAACGGAAAUGAGACUUUGCCUGGCAGGAACCCUUAUACUGUGCAGACCUCUGUGCCUCUAACAAUCCUGGUGGGUAUCCUUAUCCUGCUAACAGUGUUUGGCAAUGUCAUGGUAGUAAUUGCUGUGAUGACGAGCCGAGCCCUAAGAGCACCCCAGAAUUUAUUUUUAGUCUCUCUAGCAUGUGCGGACAUCCUGGUUGCCACCUUAGUGAUGCCAUUCUCUUUAGCAAAUGAACUGAUGGGUUAUUGGUAUUUUGGGAAGGUGUGGUGUGAAAUCUACCUGGCUUUGGAUGUUCUCUUCUGCACCUCAUCCAUUGUUCACCUGUGUGCAAUAAGCCUUGACAGAUACUGGUCUGUCACACAAGCCAUUGAGUAUAACCUGAGAAGGACACCACUCAGGAUUAAAGGCAAAGUCUGCUUAGUUUGGGUACUGGCGGCUCUCAUUUCAUUCCCUCCGCUUAUCACAGUGAAAAAGGACAAGGAUAAAGAGGACAGUUUUGAAUGUGAUAUUAAUGGUGAGAAGUGGUACAUCAUAUUCUCCAGCUGUGCCUCUUUCUUUGUACCCUGUGUCAUCAUGAUUACAGUGUAUGUUAGAAUUUACCAGACUGCCAAGAGAAGAACGAGAGCCCCGCCUGGAGAAAGGCAAAGAGACAAUGGGAACUCAGAAGACACAAAGUUUGGUUUGGACACACUAGAGAGAAAAGACAGAAAAGAGGGGGAGAUGAGAGGAGAUGAUGGGAAAGAGGCUAAUGAGCUUGACGUGGAAGAAGAGCCGUCUUCGUCUGAUGGGAAUGAAACAAUCCUAUGUUCGCUUACAAAGAAGAAGGUUAUGAAAGCAGCCCAAGCGACUCCUGGAGAAACUGCUUCAAAGCCACAGCCGGAGUCCCGCGGGAGAGUGAGAAGGUGGAAAGGAAGGCAGUAUAGAGAGAGGCGCUUUACAUUUGUUUUGGCUGUAGUCAUGGGAGUGUUUGUUCUCUGCUGGUUCCCCUUUUUUUUCACGUACACACUCACUGCCGUGUGUGACAACUGCUGUGUGCCAGAGACACUGUUCAAAAUGUUCUUCUGGUUAGGUUACUGCAAUAGCUCACUAAACCCUGUUAUAUACACUGUAUUCAAUAAUGACUUCAGGAAGUCUUUUAAAAAGAUCCUUUGCAAAAGGAACAGAAGAGUUUUAUAA